AUGGCCACAGGGUUAUCUUUACAAAACGAACAGCCUUGCAACAAGCACUUACUCCAAAAGAAACUGCCUUUCCUUUUUAAGUUGUGUCAAGUAGAUGAAGAUGCAAGAAAACUCCUUUACCCACAAUUACCCAUGUAUUGCACCUGGAGAAAAAAUAAAUGGCACAAGAGGAAACUUGGGGUUGAUGCUCUCACAAGAGUUUACAGUGUCCCCCUGAGUCAAGCAAAAUGCUACUACUUACGACUCCUUUUGCAUGAAGUACUUGGUCCCAAAUCAUUCCAAGAUUUGAGGAUGGUAAUUGGUCAUGUGUGUAAAACUUAUAGGGAGGCAUGCUAUCAACAAGGUUUUUUAGAAAAUGAUGAGCAUUGGGACCUUGCAUUAACUGAAGCAUCAGUAUCAGAUUCUCCAAGGGAACUCUGUAACGUUUUUGCAAUUAUACUGAACAUGUGUCAACUUGGCGGUCCCCUACAGCUUUGGAUGAAACACCGUAAGGACAUGGCUGAGGACUUAAAUUGUGCAGUUCAACGGGCAAACCCAGAUGUUAAUAUUCAAUUCUCUGAAACAAUUUUAAUGAAGCACUGA